ACCCAAUAAACACCUCACUACUAAUACUAACACACGACGCGAAACCCUUUCAUUUCCCCUCUCUCUCUUUCUCUCUCCAUAACCACCUUUUCCUCUCCCUCUUCUUUCUUUCAAAACUUUCAAAUCUAGAUCGAGAAAAAAAAUGAGAGAAAUCAUCAGCAUUCACAUCGGUCAAGCCGGUAUCCAAGUCGGAAACUCCUGCUGGGAGCUUUACUGCCUCGAACAUGGCAUUCAGCCCGACGGCAUGAUGCCAAGUGAUUCCUCCGUCGGAGUUGCGCACGAUGCUUUCAACACGUUCUUCAGCGAAACCGGUUCCGGUAAGCACGUUCCACGCGCCGUUUUCGUAGAUCUAGAACCUACCGUCAUCGAUGAAGUCAGGUCUGGUACCUACCGACAACUCUUCCACCCUGAGCAACUCAUCUCCGGCAAGGAAGACGCUGCUAACAAUUUCGCUAGAGGACAUUACACUGUUGGCAAGGAAAUCGUAGAUCUGUGCUUAGAUCGUGUUAGGAAGUUGGCUGAUAACUGUACCGGUCUUCAGGGAUUUUUGGUUUUCAACGCUGUUGGUGGUGGAACCGGUUCUGGUUUGGGUUCACUCUUGUUGGAACGUCUCUCUGUUGAUUAUGGAAAGAAGUCCAAACUUGGUUUCACCAUCUACCCUUCCCCUCAGGUUUCAACUGCUGUUGUUGAACCAUACAACAGUGUUCUUUCCACACAUUCUCUCCUUGAGCAUACUGAUGUGGCUGUGCUUUUGGACAAUGAGGCGAUCUACGACAUUUGCAGGAGAUCCCUUGAUAUUGAAAGGCCUACUUACACCAACUUGAACAGGUUGAUAUCACAGAUUAUAUCAUCCCUCACUACCUCGUUGAGGUUUGAUGGUGCGAUUAAUGUUGAUAUUACUGAGUUCCAGACCAAUCUUGUGCCUUAUCCUCGUAUCCAUUUUAUGCUUUCGUCAUAUGCUCCUGUUAUCUCUGCUGCUAAGGCUUACCAUGAGCAACUCUCUGUGCCGGAGAUUACCAAUGCUGUGUUUGAGCCUGCUAGUAUGAUGGCCAAGUGUGACCCUAGACACGGAAAAUACAUGGCUUGUUGUUUGAUGUACCGUGGAGAUGUUGUUCCAAAGGAUGUCAAUGCUGCUGUUGGCACCAUCAAAACCAAGAGGACUGUUCAAUUUGUUGAUUGGUGCCCAACUGGUUUCAAAUGUGGUAUCAACUAUCAGCCUCCUUCAGUAGUGCCAGGCGGCGACCUUGCCAAGGUGCAAAGAGCUGUCUGUAUGAUCAGUAACAACACUGCUGUUGCUGAGGUCUUCUCCCGCAUUGACCACAAGUUUGAUCUUAUGUAUGCCAAGAGGGCCUUUGUCCAUUGGUAUGUUGGUGAGGGUAUGGAAGAAGGUGAGUUCUCAGAAGCCCGUGAAGAUUUGGCUGCUCUUGAGAAAGAUUACGAAGAGGUUGGUGCAGAGGGGGCAGAAGAUGAUGAGGAAGGAGAGGAUUAUUGAUGUCCCAUUAUAUAAGUGCAAGAAGUUUUUUUAAUUUCAGUUGAUUAUUUCAAGCAAGAGGGUAAAUGCUUUGUUACAUUGCCCUCCACUCCUACUGUUCUUUUAUUUUCUGUGUGAUAUAGUUCCAUCAUUCAAACUUGUGAAAUGGUCAUUGGCAUGCGUCUAUUUUUGUAGUAGGUACUGAUGUUUGCAGCAACUAUGCAUUUAUAAUUGUUUAUGUCAAAUGUUCAUUAUCUUUUGUUCA